UUCAUCCGUAUAUCCGUAAAAUACGCACGUCACACCUCCUGCUUCACCCCUUCUUCUUCUUUUCUUCUUCUUCUUCUUUCACUACAAAUGGCUUUGAACCCAAAUUCAGGUUUCAUAAUCGACGAUGAUCUUCUCAACUUCUCUUUCGACGAUGAUAGCAGACCUCCGUCUUCUUCCAUGGAUUUUUCAUAUGCUAACAGUCAAAACUCCGAUGAUUACAGCCGUUCGUUACCAGUAUUUGCAGAGGAAGAACUGGAAUGGUUAUCAAACAAAGAUGCAUUUCCGGCUGUCGAUACAUUCUUUGACAUCAUCUCCGUUGAUCAUCAAAUCCCUGUAUCGGUUCUUGAAAACAGUGGUAGUAGCGGUAGCCAUAGCAUCAGUCUUCAUGUUCCGGUUCGUAAGCGCUCCAGUCGUCGGCGCAGAGGUCGGGAAUGUUGGUGGUGGAAUCAAGUAAUACAACCGCCAUUCUCGUUGCCCAAACUACCGGCGACCGGCGGUGGUUCUGGUGGACUUGGUAGGAGGUGCCAACAUUGCUUUGCUGAUAAAACCCCACAAUGGCGGGCGGGUCCGAUGGGGCCAAAGACUCUGUGCAAUGCAUGUGGUGUCCGGUAUAAGUCAGGGCGGCUGGUGGCGGAGUACCGGCCGGCCAGCAGUCCAACUUUCUCAACUGGGCUGCAUUCCAAUUCUCACAGGAAGAUUAUGGAGAUGAGAAAGAAGAUGCAGGCUGGGUAGUUGAUAAGCUUUUUGGUGUUUGUUAGAAAUAGUUAGAUCAGGGUCACGAUGUUACUGAAUUUGUGUGUUCUUUUAGAAAUUCUAAUGAUUUUUCAAAUUACUUGAAUCAUUGAAUCAGAAAAUUGGUUGUAUGCAA